AUGACCGCCGAACUUGAGGAUUCUUCCCCUUUGCCUGCCAUGGAUGGAAUUCAAGAAAAUCAGAGGAAGGAGAAGUCGUCGAAUUGCGCGAUAUGCAGAGAGGAAGGCGACGGAUAUCAUUUUGGAGCAGAAGCUUGCAGGUCAGCACAUACCUUGAGAAACUGCGGAAAUCGAAAAAGCUGAACAUUUUCAGAGCAUGCGCCGCGUUCUUCCGCAGAAGUGUGUCCCUCGGCAAGAAGUAUUUGUGUCGUGGUAACGGGAGUUGUGAAAUAACAGCCAGUAAGUCCCUCAAUCAUCGAAAUACGUCGGUACCCUCAAAGAACCAGAUAUCCGGUGUAUGUGUCGUGCAUGUCGAUACUCAAAAUGUCUGGAGGUUGGAAUGAAUCCGGCUGGAGUGCAACAACGGCGAGACACCAUCGGAAAACGUGAUAUGACGAAGGCGGAGUCCAUGGAUUCGCCUGAUCUCACGCGUCUUCUGAAUUCUAUCCGAGAAAUUCCGACGACGAGCUCUCCGUGCCCUCCGACUUCUGAUGAUUUACCCCAGUUGUGCAAAGAGCAAAUGUCGAUUCUUGUGAAAAUGCGCACAAAUUAUCGGAAAAUGGACAACGCGAGACUUGUAAUUCAUCGAAAAGACGGGCAGAGUCUAUUCAAGGAAAAGUUUCCGAAAGCGGUGAAUUACAUGGAAGCCGCCGACCAGGGAGUGCGGGAAGUGUCUCUGGUGGCCGAUUGGAUCGCCUGGUGCUUUGAUGAUUUUGUUGCCUUGCCAAUUGAUCAGAAAGUAGAGAAUAAUAGUUUUCAGAAAAAAUCAGUGUUCUUUCUUUUCAGAAAGUGCUCUUCCAGAAUUUCUAUCCGUCGUUCACAUUGCUCGAAGGAUCUUUUUUGUGUCACAUUAACAAAACUUCGAAUGCUGUGAUUCUGCCGUCCGGGGACUACAUUGACAUGGAAAACCUCGACAAAUUUUUCUUUGAUCCAAAUGCCGAGCAACCAAUGACCGGCGAGGAAAUUGAAAAGUAAGCGCUUUAUAAACUACUAACAAUUUCCUUGUCUUCACACCCUUUUCCUCUUUUCUAGCUGCUGCUUCUCCGUGCCGUUACGCAAAACACGUGUGCAAAAUAGUUUAGAUGUUGCAGAAUGUUCAAACCUUCCUUCGAACUUCAUCGCCGCUGCCUCAUUCUACCGAUGAUGGCCGAAAACAUUGACGUCUACGAGUUCUUCGCCCUCUGCACUCUUGUCUUUUGGGAUUUCGGUCUGACUGGCCAAUCGGAUGAAUGCAUAAAUGUCGGGAAAAGUGUGAAACAUCGACUUAUGAAGGAGCUCGCAUUCUAUUUGCGAUACGUGAAAAAAAUUGAAGAGCCGGCCAUCCGAGUGGCUUCUAUGCUUACUCUUCUUCCGGCACUUCAGGUGGGUGAUGUUACUUACUCUUCUAAAGUCACCUUCCUUCAUUCAGAGAUCCGUUCGCCGGUUCCAGGAAGACAUCGAGAUAACGCACGUUUUCAACAUUUACGCUCCACCCGAAGAAUUCUACAAUCUUGUCAAUGGAAAGUUCUGCUAG